AUGUUAUUUAAAAUAAUUAUUUUCUAUCUUUAUAUUCAAACAUCCAAUCAAGAGACAGCAUGCUCAACGUUCGGAUUUAACUGGGCUGCUGAGAUUCGAUGCUUACGAUCUUUACUCACUCAAUGUAUGGGACCAAGUCCUCAUCGAGGAGCUCGAACGACUGACAAUCAAUCAACACGAUUACUUGAAGCUCGUUUCCGAUCAUUUCAGCCUGGACAUAUAAUGAAUAGCCACUCUUCUAAUCCAUUACCAAGCAGCUCUGUUACUGAGCUCAUGCCAAAUAUAACAGAGAUCGUUGAUAAACGAGUUAAUCAGCUUCGUCAGCAGAUUGAAGCAGAAGUUAAUAGAAAGCUAAAUGAAUUAGUUACUCGAUUCGAUUCUGAUUUCCGAAUGAAAUUGGAGAAGGAAGGACAAGUUAGUACUCGACACAUCGAACAAGAGAUCCGAAAGCUUAAGAAACGAGUGGAUUUGUUAUCAGUCAAGAUUUACAAAUACAAUAAUCGUGAGUAUAUCUAUGUCUCUAGCCGAGAAUCUUGGUAUCAUGCUCAAGAUAUAUGUGUUCAAUGGGGAGGAAAUUUGGUUGCAAUAGAAACUGAUGAAGAGAACACCAUGAUUGCAGGAAUUAUUCUGGACGAAGGCGCAUGGAUUGGACUAAAUGAUGUACAACGGGAGAAUAUAUUCGUCAAUCCGGGUAACUUCAAUUACACUUAUCGGAACUGGCAGCUAGGCCAGCCAGAUAACGGAAAUCACAAUGAAAACUGCAUUGAAAUGGAUAAGUCUGGGCUAUGGAGUGACGAGUUUUGUAUUCUCCGAAGACCGUUUGUAUGCAAACGUUAA